AUGCUCGCCAAUCCCGACGCCCAGAGACGCGCUCAAUCUGAAAUUGACUCUGUCGUUGCCCUCGGUGAACUUCCUCAGUUUUCGGACCAACAUGCCCUUCCCUUUGUCAGUGCCAUCGUCAAAGAAGUACUUCGUUGGAAACCGGUCACUCCACUUGGUAUUCCCCAUGCAUCCGUGGCGGAAGACGUGUACCGAGGGUAUACCAUACCAUCUGGCUCGCUCAUGGUACCAAACAUUUGGGCAAUGCUACAUGACGAAGACACAUACCCGGAUCCCCACUCUUUCAAACCGGAGCGUUUCAUUGGAGCGGAUGGAAAAUUAAACCCUGAUGUAAAAGAUCCCAGUACCGUCUUAUUUGGGUUUGGUCGCAGAAUCUGUCCAGGUCGACAUAUGAGCCUAAACUCUGUAUGGAUAAGUAUCGCUUUGAUGCUAGCGACCUUGAAUAUCUCGAAGGCCCUCGAUAAGGAAGGAAACGUCAUCGAACCUUCUUAUGAAUAUAUUUCGUCUCUUGCUUGCAUCCCUGCCCCAUUCAAGUGCGCAAUCAAACCGCGGAGUAAAUUGACAGAAGAAAUGAUCCGAGCCGUUGCACAGGGUUAA